ACAGCCAACACUCGCAACACCAUAAAUAUAUAAAUAUAAAUAAAUACACACCCCACUUUCCCCUUUCCUCCCUGUCAUUUUUCGAAAUCCCAAACCCACAGCAGCGGCCACCACUUUCUCCCGUCAAUCGCAGAAGCAUUAACGCCGCUCGUCGCUCUCCCCCCCUUCCUCAGGUGAAAUUCCCCCUCUCGCAUUCUCUCUUUCAGUUCUCCGUCCAACUUUUUUCCGUGCUCUGGUUUGGUUCCCGGGGAAAAUCGUUCGGUUCGUCGUUUUCGGCCUGCAUUGUGCCGUAUCCGAAUGAAUUGAAUCGCAGAUCUGGGUUCGUUUAGCUCAGGGCAGUUGUAAAUUCCUUUCCCUGGUAUUGAUCUGUUGAUAUUGAGUGAUGUAUUUUGUUCCUGAUCUUUGAGUUUAGCUGGACGGUGAGUGAUAUGGUCCCCCUCUAACCCUAGAGUAAUCUUAAAUGGCAAAUAUGCUGAUCUUCUGCUCCGGCUCGGGGAACCUUUGGAUUUUUAAAAAAGGGCUUAACUUGCAAUAUUACUUCUCCACUCACAAUGCAGUGCAAUGCGGCUGUAGAUCUAGAUUCCGGCUGAAUUCAAUUGUGAGUUUAUGCUUGCGUUCAGAAUCAGCUUUCUAUAUCUUGAUCUUGCUCUGUGUGGGACACUGAGACUUACCCGUAUUCUGAAAAAAGACAAUUUUAGACAUAAGAUCAUCUGACUUGCCAAUUGGCAACGUAGGGUGGUCAGUUAGCCCUUGUAUAAUGGAAUGUGUUCAACAUGUAUUCUUAACAUCUCUGGCCCAAAGUGGUAUGUUAAAUUUGAGUGAACGUGAUUGCCCUGUUUUCAAGUCUGUGUCUCAUGUUUGAUACAAUUUGGAGGGUGAUAGCAUUGUUUAUCUUAUUUCCUGGCACAAGGGACUGAAACAUUCGAGUAAGAUUUCUGGGUCUGAUCUAGUAUUUUAGCUAGUUAUUUCUCAAAAGUAUUUCGGGCAUGGUUUCUAUCUGCAAUUCUGAGCAUGUGUAUGUGUAUCACUUAUUUGUCCAGAAAGCAUCUCCCUAGUGUAUGUUGCUUAGAAGAUGAAGUAAGCACAUCGUUCAGCCGUGAGGAUGUCUUUUGAACUUAUAAUUUACAAAUCCAUAGCCGAUUUUAUUACUCUGCGAACCAAUAACUUUGCUGCUUGACCGCAGUGGGAUUUAGCAUGCUUGAAAUAAUGGGCCUCUUAUGUGUUGGGUUCCUGUUCUCUUUCAUGAUUCUUGUACCGGCUGUCUUUUCAUAUCCUGUUGGUCUAUGUCUGAUGGUGGUAUUCUAUGUCAGCUUAUAGAAGAUGGCAGAAGGUGAGGAUAUCCAGCCACUUGUCUGCGAUAAUGGAACUGGAAUGGUCAAGGCUGGGUUUGCUGGUGAUGAUGCUCCUAGGGCGGUGUUCCCUAGCAUUGUUGGUCGCCCACGCCACACGGGUGUGAUGGUUGGAAUGGGGCAGAAGGAUGCCUAUGUUGGGGAUGAAGCUCAGUCUAAGAGAGGUAUUUUGACCUUGAAAUACCCCAUUGAGCAUGGUAUAGUAAGUAACUGGGAUGAUAUGGAGAAGAUCUGGCAUCACACUUUCUACAAUGAACUUCGAGUUGCCCCAGAAGAACACCCUGUGCUGCUUACUGAAGCACCUCUCAACCCAAAGGCCAAUCGUGAGAAGAUGACCCAAAUCAUGUUUGAAACCUUCAACACUCCUGCUAUGUAUGUUGCCAUUCAGGCUGUCCUCUCCCUUUAUGCCAGUGGUCGUACAACUGGUAUUGUUCUGGACUCCGGUGAUGGUGUCAGCCAUACCGUCCCUAUCUAUGAGGGAUAUGCACUCCCUCAUGCCAUCCUCCGUCUCGACCUGGCUGGUCGUGACCUGACUGACGCUCUCAUGAAAAUUUUGACCGAGCGAGGCUAUUCCUUCACUACCACAGCUGAGCGGGAAAUUGUGAGGGAUAUGAAGGAGAAGCUAGCAUACAUAGCCCUUGACUAUGAGCAGGAGCUGGAAACUUCAAAGACUAGCUCUUCUGUUGAGAAGAGCUAUGAGCUUCCUGAUGGACAAGUGAUAACAAUUGGUGCUGAACGUUUCAGAUGCCCUGAAGUCCUUUUCCAGCCCUCAAUGAUCGGAAUGGAAGCUGCUGGGAUUCAUGAGACUACAUACAACUCUAUCAUGAAGUGCGACGUGGAUAUCAGAAAAGAUUUGUAUGGCAACAUUGUUCUUAGUGGUGGAUCUACCAUGUUCCCAGGCAUUGCAGACAGGAUGAGCAAGGAAAUCACUGCUCUGGCUCCUAGCAGCAUGAAGAUCAAGGUGGUUGCUCCACCUGAGAGGAAAUAUAGUGUCUGGAUUGGAGGCUCCAUCUUGGCAUCUCUCAGCACUUUCCAGCAGAUGUGGAUCGCCAAGGCAGAGUACGAUGAGUCUGGCCCCUCCAUCGUCCACAGGAAGUGCUUCUAAGUCAUGCUAUGCUGAGGCUGUCGUCUUUCUUUUUCUUCUUGUGUUGGAGCCGUUGCAUCUUGCAAGAAUUUCCUCUGUUUAUGUUAGCUUCUUUCUCGUUUCAUAUUACUAUUAUUUUUCUUUCUCCUCUUCCGAAUUCAUUCGGCUAUGCACUAAGAACGAAUGAAGUGACAUAUUGUCAUUCUCGUUAGCAGAUUUCUCAAUACAAGUUAUGCGAUCUCGUAUUAUGAUGUCUGGUGUGGUAGAGACUUCAUAUUUAUUUACUAGUUAAAUCUGCACUUUCUAUGUUCCUUCAUCGGAAGGGUUGGCUUUGGCGAUUUGCUUACCGUCCUUUUCCGUGUUAGCAUUUGCGAAACCAUACUAAAUUGGGUGUGUUGUAAUUGAUUUUUUUGUCUCAACUUUGGUCCUCUUGGCAUUUUGUUUCUUAGCCCAUAGGUGCACAACGAUCUUUAUGAUCCAGAUGAGUUGGUUACAACUUACAAUACGCCGUUUAGGGUAGCGGUGUCGGGUCGGGUUUGGAUAACCGAACCAAAAUUCAAAAAUACUUGAAAAUAAAAAAUGUUGUCCUUUGAAAACCGAACCUGAAAUUGAUAAAGAUUUUACGGUUUCUGUUAAUCGAAAAGUCGCUUAACAAUUUUGGGUUUGAGUACCGCAAAAUCGAAACCCGAAAAUCAAAACACACUAUGAAAUAUGAAGAGUUUAUAUGGUUUCAGAUUUUUAGCUAAACCUGAAAUCAAAAUCGAAACCGAAAGAUGAAACUCGAAAACUACAAACCCUAAACAAAAUCGAAACCCAAAACCCAAUAAUAUAGCUUACUAGUUCCGGUUCGGUUAAAACCAAAAAAUUAAACCGAAUUGACACCCCUAGUUUAGGGUGUCAUCAUGUGUGCAUGGGACAUGAGUUUUCUGAUGUAUGUGAAACACUAGUGGUUCAUGGAGUUUUUUCUUAUUUAUGAGAAAAGGUGGAGAAUACCCACUAGCUUAUACAAUUUAUAAUACCUCAGAAAUUUCAAUCAUAUCACAAAUUCAAAUUGUAUCAUAUAAAAGUCAAUAACCACUAACCGAGUCUUAAUCAGAAAUAGAAUGCAAUCCAAGAAGCAUAUAUAUAUAUAUAUAUAUAUAUAUAUAUAUGGUUAUGUCUUCGGUGCACUCACUUUUUUGGGUGCAUUCAAUGCACCCGCCUCAUAAUCGUCAUUCUGAGCAGACGAUUCAUGUGAAAACGAUGUCAAUCAUCCCUUGUAGUAUGAUGAACAAGAACCACAAAAAUUUGUACAAAAAUCAAUCUAGGUUCACUUUAAUUUGAAUGAUUCAGGGUUUAGGAAUUUAGGGUUAGGGUUAGGGUUUACAAUUUGGGAUUUUGGGUUUAGAUUCAAAAUUGAAUGUUAAUAGGUUAGGGUAAUGGGUUGAUUAGUUGUGAUUUUAUGUUAUAUCAUCAUAUGAGACUAAUGCUACCCAUUAAAUUUCAAAAUUUGAU